GGGAACUUCUAGUUAUCUAGUUAUUGUUUUGAAUGCAUCCUUAGUGUGUGUGUUAAAAAUGUGUUAUUUGACAUUUAUUACCAUUCAAAUAGUUUAGGAGAUAAAUAUUUAAAUUUUAUAUGCAUACACAUACAAAACAAAGUACAGUGAAAAAAUAGAUUGGCAAAGAUUUCUGUCGAUAACUUUUAAAUUCUGCGGUUAGUGGGAGCUGAAACUUUAAUCGUCGGAAUCGUCUUGGUAAACUGGUGUAGUAAUUAACGAAUAGUGUUUAAAGGAUGCAAAUAUUUAAUUUAUGUUGGAUUUUGCAGUAUCUGUUUUACAAUAAUAACUUCUAAGAUUGUGACUAAUACACAAAAUGGUUAACUUUAAUUCUAGUUAUUAUAUUGAUUGCAAGCAUCGCAAAUAAGACAUUUAUAACCUACACAGAAGUUUGUAGAUAUUUAUGUUUUAUUUGAUAUGCGUACACGUACAAAAAUGGUUUGUGAAGUUUUCUGUCGAUAGCUUUUAUAUUGAGUCCAAACAAAAUAAUCCGUCUAAAAAUAGUAGUUUUAUUCCAUGGCUGUUAUUUGAAAUUCAUUCAUGAAUUCCCACCUGUGCAUAUUGAUCGUAAAAUCAAUUUAGUUAUCCGCUAGUAUAUCCACAUAAUCUAACCAUUUCUGCCUUGCUAAAUCUUUCUGCAUGUAUAAACGCUUUCAAUCGCCCCUUUGACCAUUUCUUUCCCAUCGAAAUCCUAAAAUCUCUCUUAGCCCCGGCUAUCUUCUCGAUUCUCAUUGCAUCUAUAAAUACCGCCUUGUUGCACUGCUCGUAUCCGUGGGAUUCGCGACUGAGCCGUGGGAUUAUCGACGGAUACGUAUUGCCUUCCAUUGGCCACAAAAACCAGAAACGCGGGAGGUGGCCAAUGUCAAUGCCGUGGCCUUGGGGACAGGUGGGCGGAGCGGGGCGGAUAUGGGCAAAUGCAAAUGCAGAAGCCGAAACAGAGGCGAAACGAAAGUGCCAAAAAGAGGAAGGGAAGCACUACAAAAUAAUCCAACAGUCGCCGCGAGAGAACCACUUCCCAUUUCUUCCGGCCGCAGAGAGAGGUGCCAGGGCGAUGAUUAAAUCAGUUAAGAGCCAUUGGCCACUGCAGGCAGUUGUGCUCGACCCGGGGCCAAAUCCCCCUGCCCAUCCCGUCCCAUCCUCACCUCGCAAAGCCAGCCCGAAAAGCAUUGGCGCCUUCCCUGCCGCUUUCCGCCAUCGGCUGUUGCCCAUUUUGUGUUUUGCUCUCAACGUUUAUUUUGGCCUUCUUUUCCUGGCCAAUGAUUUAAUUUCAUGCAUUUCGCUUUGCGACAAUGGCGAUGCUUAUUAGUUGCAAUUUGCCAGCUGCGGCCAAAGUUUGCUCGUGCUGAAAACCAACAGCAAGCCCCAGAAACUAAACCAAAUAAAUUUAAUAAUUGCUGUCCUGCGAAGUUGAUAGAAUGGGUAAAAAUAAAGGCGGCGGCGGCGGUGGAGGAGGGGGUGGCGGGGGGAGGAGGAGGCGGUGGCGGCGGCAAUGUAAGCAAUAUUUGUGUUAUGCAACUUGCGUACUAAUUAAAAAGGGCGGCGGCGGUGGCGGAGGAGGCGGAGGUGGAUCCGGAAAUAAAAACAAAGGCGGCGACGGAGGCGGUGGCGACAAAGGCGGAGCCAAGAAAGGACAAGACCAAAAGGCAGCCGCAGGCGGUGGCAAGAAAGGAGGCAAGAAAUAGCAACGGUGGCAACAUCAAAGCGCAUUAAAAAAUUACAAAUUUAGAGUUAAGGUGAAAUUAAAACUGAUAUCAGGGAAUAUGUAUCUAUAAUGUA